GCGUCGGUUUCAGCGCUCGAGUUGUUAGGUUGUUUCAUGUAUUUUACACUCUUUUUUAUAAACGUUAGAUACACGAAAUUUCUGCUGUGACACAUUUGCGAGUAAAAUAGUAUGUUUAUCCCAGUAUAGAGUGAUAACUACAACAGUUUAGCUGUUCAUUGGUGAUCCAAUACAAUUUUUAUGUCCAAUAUAGCGUAUACAGAGCCCUGCCAAGACAGUGUGUGUGUAAUAAAAUAAUUUUAGGCACCAUAGCUUACUGUAUACCUCCAGCUAUGGAUUCAUCAACAAAACCUCAUCCAAAUGCCCACUUGCAAUACCACUCCAACUAUAACUAUCCCCCAUUCAGACGAGUGAUGUUGGCUGCAGUGAAGGAAGGACUCUACCAUCCCCGACUCCCUACUCUACGAAGAAUGGACAUGGACACAGCCACUCACAUGCUCUCAGACGAGCACUGCCGUACCACAACCACAUGCGGGCCAAGGGAUUUCAAACAAGCCAGCAGCAGCUUUUUCCAAGAAGCUGGAAAACCAUUCAAUGGCAAAAGUAUAACCGAAACCGGAAAGAACCUGCACAAAGCGGUUCCUCGGUAUCCUGAUGGUGUAACUCAUACAGCCCCUGCUCAGCACAGGUACAUGUUGAGCCAAACUAAAGACGAAUGGUCAAAAUUCAUCUCAGCUUCUGGAGAGUUCCGUCUCCCAGAAUAUGACCCGAAAAAUUUCCGGUUCAGUGGUUACGCUGUAAGGUAUCUGAAGCCAACAGUCAGCCAAUCAUGGCGCUACACUCUUCAACAAGAGCCUAAACUAGACCAGUAUGCCCAGAGGCCCAUCCCCGCCACAGUAUAUAGUCGAUACAGGGAUACAUUCCCACAAUACAGUCGCAACAUCUCUGUUGAAGCGUGGCGAUAAACCAAAACAAUGAGAUUCUUUACCAGUGCCAAGCCCAAGACAUGCAUCUUGAGAUUCUUUUUAUGUUACUGUCAUUUAUCGUACAUAGCUUUAUUUUAGAUCAAAUAAAAUGGUUUAACACUGUUUCAAAAAAAGUUCUGCCAUUAAUGCCUUCAUAGAUUUUUAUGUUCCUAAAGUGUGUUACUUACUUUGUUCUGCCAAAUUAGUAAAACUGUUUCAUUUCUUACCUAUUUUACUUGUGGUACUUUCUCUAACUGACUUCUAAACUUUGGCUGCCUCACAACUAAUAAGCCAUAGUUGUUUCUCUUUAUGUUCAAAUAACAAAUACAACAUUUCAAACAAG